CAUUUUACUUGUCAAAUUGUGAUUGUAUACAAAACAAGCAGUGCAGGAAUCAACCGAUUUUUAAGUUUAAAGUGAAUUUAAUUACUGAACAUUCAUAUAUUUUGUUGAAUAAGAUGAGGAACUGUUUCGUCCCACAUUGUGACGCUUUUUGUAAAAAAAAUGGAAUUUUAAAACGGAUGAUGUUUUCUGCACCAAAAGACAAUUUUGAGAGCUGGAAGAAUCGAUUGUUCAAUAAACGGGAAUUUCGAGAAACGGAUCGUGUGUGUGAGCGUCAUUUCGACAAAACGCAAAUAUUGACCCAUUGGCAACAUAUAAUAGAUGGAAAAGUCUGUGAACUAGAACGUGAAAAGCCAAAGAUCAAAUCAAGUGCCGUUCCAUAUCUCAAUUUACCUGAAACAGAAAUUAUAGCAAUAACAACAAACAAAAAACGUGCAGCCAAACUGAAACCAGAGCCCAAAAGACGAAAACAAAACAACACAAACUCCGAUCAAACGGAUAAGGUUACAAAUAUUCAGCACAAUGAAGAUGAUGAAUGUGACACUGCAAUAAGAUUUGAGGAAGACAACAUCGAAGUUGAAAACGAUCAAAAGACGAUUGGUAUAAAAAAUGGCGGCGCAGAUUCAACCAAUAAUCUAAUUGAGGAAAAACGUCAGAUUUUUGAUGCAGUCUAUGACGAUAUUUAUGAGGUCGUGCUUCCGAACGAAAAUUGGGGUAUUCAUAGAGAUCCAGAUCGACGUCGAUACAUUGCAUUUACAAUGUUUGAUGCCAUUAAAAUGAACUGUUCAGUGGCCAUUAAAAUAACGAAUGCAUUUGAUCUAAAAGUGUACGCAAAUGGUGUACACAAAACGAAUGAGAUUUUACCUGAGUUGAGUGUGGAUAUUAUAACAAAACUUGUCAAUCAAAUAAAUGAGAGCGCAGAACAGGGAUUGGAAAAAGUGAAAACAGCACGUCUUUGAUUAUUAUAAUAUUUUUGUAUAGUUAAUAAGCGUUGCACCGAACACUACAAAAGAUUUCAUGUUUAUUCAGAAAUAAAAAAAUAAAUUUCAUAUCAAAUAACAA